AUGGCCACCGAAUCGUUCCAGUUGGGCUCGCGCUCACUCAAUCAUGCCUCCGCCGACACAGAAGCUGAGUACGACCGCCUCCGUGGCCUCGCCCGCCAAGAAGCCGCGAAGCGCGGCUCCUGCUUCGACCGCGCGCACCAAGCCUACGAAUCAGGCGACGGGCAGCGCGCCCAUGAGCUCUCUGAGGAGGGAAAAGGCCACGCGCAGAAGAUGGAGCAAUACAAUCGCCAAGCGCGCGACUAUAUUUUCCGCGAGAACAACGCUGACGGUCGCGUCGCCGGGGAUACCAUUGACUUGCACGGUCUUUUCGUCGAAGAGGCGGAGGAUGUGUUGGAGGAGAGGAUCAAAGCAGCACGGCAGCGGGGAGAGAGCCACCUGCAUGUGAUUGUGGGGCGAGGAAACCACAGCACGAACCAUGUGCAGAAGAUUAAACCGCGCGUAGAGCAGGUGUGUCGCGAGCUUGGUCUACAGUACAAGACCGAGGAGAAUGAGGGCAGGAUUUUUGUUAACCUGCAGGGCGGUGCCGUGCAUGAGAUGCCACCGAUGCCCAACUAUGGCGGAUAUCCUGGCGGGCAGCAACAGCACGGCGGACAGCAUCAUGCUUGA